AUGGGAGAUCCAAUAGUAUCCUCCGUAAUCAACCUCGUAAUGAAACAAUCCACAUCACUCGCCACACAAGACUUCGCUGUCCUAUGGGGCCUCAAAUCAGAUCUCCGCUCUUUACGCACCAUUUUCACCCAGAUCCAAUCCGUCCUACCCGACGCCGAAAUCAAGCAGCGAAACAACAUAGACCUACAAAACUGGCUACGAAAACUUCGAUCUGCCUCCUUCCAAGUCGAAAACGUUCUAGAAGAAGUUUCCACAGAAGCCUUAUUACGAAGACUCCAUGUCGAACGAGGUAUUAAGAACAAUGUAAGUACGUUUUUCGCUGCCAGUAAUCCGCUUAAGUUCCGUGUUAGAAUUGUUCAAAGAGUUAGGGAGAUUAAAGAGCUGUUGGAUCAGAUUGCCGCUGAGCGGAUUAGUUUUGGGUUAGAGGAACGUGUUUUCAGCUGUGAAGUUGAUAGUGAGAUCGAAACUAGAUCGGUUAAGGCGACCGCGACCGCCCGUUGUUGUUCGGAGAUCCUAGGAAGAGAUUGUGUUAAGGAAAUGUUUGUUGAACAAAUUUGUAAUGAUAAGUUGGAUGAUGAGUUUGUUGUUGUUAAUGUGUAUGUUGUAUAUGGUUUAGGAGGUGUAGGUAAGACUACACUAGCUCAAAUGAUUUGUAACGAUUCGAGGGUGGAUAAGUAUUUUGAUUUGAAAAUCUGGUUACAUGUAAGUAAUCGUUUUUGUACGGUAAGGCUGCUUAGGGAGAUUUUGAAUUCGUUAGACAGUGGUUCGUGUGAUCUAGCGCAGGUGGAAGUGGAUGCGUUGCGAGAGUUGGUUCGGGAGAGAUUGGGAAGGAGGCGAUUUUUUAUGGUUUUGGAUGGUGUUGAGAAUGGGGGUAUGAGUGAGUGGGGUGGGUUUAUGGAGGUUUUGAAGUGUGGAUGGAGAGGGAGUACGGUUGUGGUAACGACUCGGAGCAUUGAGGUUGCGGAUGUGAUGGCUACGUGUCCUGCGUUUGUGCAUUCGUUGAGUAGGUUAUCGGAAAGUGAUUGUUGGUUGUUGUUUAAUCGUUAUGCGUUUGAUGUCCAAAAGGAUGUAGAUGGGAGUCAUGGGAUGGAGUUUGAGACGAUUGGUAAAGCGAUCGUGAAGAAAUGCGAGGGUUUGCCGUUAGCAGUGAAGGUCAUCGGAAGCUUAAUGUGCCACAAAAGUAGCGUAAGCGAGUGGUUAUCCGUGCUGCAAAGUGAAGUUUGGGAUUUGACUAGCGAAGGAAGUAAUAUCUUGCCGUCUUUAAAGUUAAGCUACGACAACUUGCCCGCACACAUGCGACAGUGUUUUGCGCUAUGUUCGAUAUUUCCAAAAGGCUAUGAAAUGGAUAAACAGUUGUUGGUAGAGCUUUGGGUGGCGUACGGCUUUGUUCCGUCACGGGGAGAUGCCGACUUGUACGAUUUAGGUGAAGAGAUUUUCAAUUCUUUGGUUUGGAGGUCCUUCUUGCAAGACGUUAAAGAGUGCAUAUUCGACGGUUUAACCACAUGUAAAAUGCAUGAUGAGAUGCACGCCCUUGCACGGUCCGUUAUGAAAUACGAAUGUUCGAGUAUAAUGUCGGGUGAAAUUCUAAAAUUCCCGGAAGAGGUUCUUCAUUUGUCUUCUAACGACAUAUUAUAUUUCUCAAACGAGGUGAUGGCGAAAGCAAAAUCUUUACGAUCGUUAAUUACUUUAGGAGGGUUUUCGAAAAUCGCCACCCCGGAUCACAUAUUCGAGCAGAGAUAUCUCCGAGUAUUGCAUUUAGGAUCAAGUUCCGACAUGAUAACCGAUCUACCAGAAUCAGUCGGAAACCUGAAGUUUCUUAGGUAUCUUAACGUCUCACGCUCGAAAAUAGUCGCAUUACCUAACUCCAUCGUGCAGCUCCAAAAUCUACAAACGUUAAAACUCUCUUUUUGCGAAAAUCUCUGCGAGUUACCCGAAGGCAUAAGGUACCUAAGAAAUCUUCGACACUUGAACAUACACGGGUGUUCGUCUCUCGAUCAUAUGCCACUUGGCAUGGGACAGUUACGCCACCUACGCAGACUCAGCACGUUUCUUGUGGGCCAGGGGCAGGGGGUCCAGAUAAGCGAGCUGCAAGAGUUAAAUCUAUUAGGCGGAGAGUUUAGCAUAAAGGGACUUCAAAAUGUAAACAAUUCGUCUCAAGCGGAGAGCGCUAAUCUGAAACAGAAACAGAACAUAAACUGUUUAACUCUAUCGUGGGACUGGAAGAACAAAAACAACGAAAACGAGUUACAAGAAAACAACUCGGAAGAGGUUUUAGAGGCGCUUCAACCGCACAAGAAUUUAAAGGCGCUAACAAUAUCUGAUUAUCAAGGGUCACGUCUCCCAAAUUGGAUCGCGGGUUUGGUCAAUCUCGUCAGUAUCACUUUUCAAAGUUGCAAAAGGUGUGAAAAUUUGCAUUCUCUCGGGAAACUACCGUUGCUUAAGGUUCUUGAACUGAAAGGAAUGGAUAGUCUUAAACAUCUAGACGACGACCUAUACCCGUGUUUGGAGAAACUCGUCAUUAACGAUUGCCCGAAUCUGAUUAAGCUACCUUAUUUUCCGAAACUGAAGUCGUUAUGCAUCGUCCAAGGUAACGAGAAGCUUUUUAGAUCAGUGAGGAAGCUUACUAGUAUUAGCUUCUUGGAAAUCAGGGGUUUUAAGGAGAUGAAGUGUCUUCCUGAUGACGCGAUUAGCAAUCUAACGGCGUUGGAGGAAUUGCGUAUCUGGGGUUGCCCGAAUCUGAGGUGGCUACCGGACGGGAUACAGAAGCUUGAAGCGCUAAAAUCUCUGGUUAUUGGGGAUUGUGAGUUGGUGAAGGCAAGUUGUGAGAAAGAGGUAGGUGUGGAUUGGUGUAACAUUGCUCAUAUUGCUUAUAUUAAGAUUGAUGAUGAAGUGAUGCAGUGUUUGGGCACCUGA